GAAUAGUGCACAUUAUUCAUCAUCGGCACAUCUCUUUUCGCUCCCUCACACUUUCGUACAUUAAUACAUCACACACCACACACCACACACUCACUUCCCUCCUCUCAUUCCUUUUUAAAGAUCUCAAGAUCCAGAAUCCGAUUAGUAUCUGUCAAUCCUUCAGAAUACUACAUUACACUCCUUCUUCCCUUUUCUAAAAACAACAGCCAGCCUGUGCAAUCCUUCCUCCUCACUCACUCACUGCAAGUCAGCUUGAAGCCUUCAUAAAGAAUCCAUCUCCCUCCACAAUCACAUCACAGUCAAACAAACAUCCUCUCACUUCCACAUUCUUUGCUCCAGCCUUGCUCACCACCGAGAAAUAUCAGCUUUCUCACCUCCUUCCUUUUAAGAUCGAUAUCAAAUCAUUGAAAUUGCAAGCCAUUUUCAUAUCACACUCCCUCGAGACUUCACUUGAAUUCCAAACUUGAGUUUUUGUUUAAAAGACUCAAUCCAAAGAUACCCAUACCCAAUAAACAAUCUCUCACGAACGAUAAAACAAACAAAUCACCGUCAAAAUGAAGUACACAACUGCUAUCCUUUCUGGUCUCUUGGCCGCUACCGUGGUAGCUCAACCCCACGCUCGUCACCAACAUGCCGCCAGACACGAAAAGCGAGAUGUUGAGUGGGUUACAGAAGUCGAAAUGGUCACCGAAACAGUCGAUUAUACUACCACCGUCUGGGUUUCUUCUGGUCAAUUAGCUGCUGCAACCAGCAGUGUGGCUCCAUCUGUUACUCCUACAACUUUGGCAACCAAGCCAAAGUCAUCUGCCGCUUCCUCCACUUCCAUUCCAAAGUCUACUGCCGCAGCCAGUAGCUCCGAAGAACCAAGUUCCUCAUAUGUCGCACCAUCUUCUUCCUCAGUCGCUUCCGUCGCUGCCCCAUCUACUACUUCCAUCGCUUCCGUCGCUGCUCCCUCUACUACCUCCGAAGUUGUAGUCCCAACCACUUCUUCUACCUCCAUCGCAUCAGUUGUGGCCCCAACCACCUCUAGUGUCGCGCCAGUUGUUGUCCCAUCCUCAACCAGCACCACACCAGUCGCCACCCCAACCUCCAUCAGCGUUGCACCAGUCGUCACCCCAGUCUCAAGCGUUGUUGCUCCCGUGUCAAGCGUUGUUGCCCCCGUCGUCAGCUCAGUUUCAAGCAUUGUUGCCCCAGUCUAUGUUGCAUCCUCAUCCAGCGCGGCUGCUCCAGCAUCAACCUCAGCAUCAAGCUCUUCUUCUGGAUCCAGCUCUGGAGUCUGCCCCCCCGGUUCUCCAUGCUCUGGAGAUAUCACUUUCUACGAAGCUGGUCUCGGAGCUUGCGGAAUUACCACCGAUGGAUCCAGCUUUGCAGGUGUUGCCCUUCCCGUUGGCCUCAUGGGCUCCCUUUCAAACAGCAACCCAUACUGCGGAAAGACAAUCACCAUCAAGUGUACCUCCACUGGUAAGACCACUCAAGCAACUGUCAUUGAUAAGUGCAUGGGAUGUGAGGGCAACUCCAUCGAUCUCACCAACUUCGCCUUUGAUCAACUUGCUGAAGAAGCUGUCGGCCGUACUCAAGCCACUUGGUACUUCAAUGAAUAAAUCACCCAAUCCCUUUUUUCUCGACUUUCACAACUUUGAUAUUCUGAUUUCUACGAAUAUUCAAGAUCAAGUCAAAAACUCAAUUCUCAUUCUCCUGGAUAUAACUAUCGCCACUUCGAUAAAACAGAAAGAGUCGAUCUCUUUCUCAUCUAUGGCUUUUGCAUCAUGGCUUCUUUUUGAAAAAGAUAGUCGACGAAUUUCUUUGGGAUAUCACAUCAUUGGGGUGUUUUUUUAUUCAUGGUUGUUGGUUUGGUUCAUACUUUGAUUUUUGGAGAAUUUUUACGAGAGUUUGAGGGGAAAUAUCCUAUGCAUGGAAUGGUUAUGAACAGGUCAAAUCAUCGCAUUACUUGUUUGGCUUGGCGUUUUGGACCCCGCCAUGGGACUCUACGUUCAUACGGUCUUCGGAAAAAGGAGCACAUGCAUUUCGCGAUACCAUAACCAUGUUAUGCAGUGGAAAAGAUAAAAGCUUGAGGCAAAGGAAGGCGGGUGGAUGUUUCAUAUUGAAAAGCAAAACUUGAAAAAAGCAACAUGAAAAUGGAGAUAUAUUCAGAGACAAAACAAAAUGAAACUUUUCAGAAAGAAAAUAGCUUCUUGUACAUACAAUAUUACUUUACGAUAGACUUAGUGUUUUGAUUUAACACAAAAUUUGCUACGAUUUUUCA